GUGACGCGUGAAUACGCAGUGGGCUCAGUGACACUUCUCUCACCUCACAGUUGGUGCGGUUGGUGCCGUCUGUGGUGCUCCCACCACACACACACGUGCGGCCCCACCCCUGCUUCUCCUCCUCUUCUGCCCGACUCCCUCAGGAUAUUUUUAGCGCCGGUGAUGAUGUUCCCUGUCAAAUCACGUAACGGAAACAACCUCAGAGCUGAAAAGGCAGAGCUGCAGUGAAGACUGGCAGAGAGCUCACUUUCACUGGGAUCUGCAGCGGAUGAGAUGAAAUUAGAAAUUCGUUUGGUAUUUCUCAUGCUGGUGCUCCUUCAAGGCUCAUCGCAGACCAAAGGUCAGAGCAGUGCUUUGCCCCCUGUCUUUCCUCCAGCUGCCCUCCCCAGUCAUGCUGACACCUCAGCGUCUCCUGACCUGACAGAGGAUCCUGGGAAUGAGGUCCUUGAGUGGACACAUAAUCCUGCAGGCAGGGAUGAAACCUCUACUGAAACCACAACCAUUAUCAGGACCAAAGGAGCAGUCCAUUCAGAGACUGUCACAGACGCAGUAUUUAAAACCCACUUGGUCAGCACAAGCCCUGCGGGGACGACAUCUCAACACAUGGAUGAAGCACUUGUCCUGACAGCUCAGCCCGGCACUGCCCCUACUCCAGGCAGCCUUUCAUCCACGCCCACCCUGCAUAGCUCCACCCCUCCUCCACCUCGUGUUUCAACCACGGACAGCAGGACACCCCUGACCCAAGAUCCAUCCAGCACCUUUUCAUCUUCACCUGCCGAGUGUGCCCACACAGUGCAGGAUACAAGCUCCACAGCUCGCGACGCCACUACAAAGUCACACUCUGUAUCCUGGACCACAGACCACCCUUUGACCUCAGCUCCAAUCCCUGCUGGGCCAACUCACCAGGAGGUCCCAUCUGAACUAAAUGUUGGAGAUGAAGAUUUCAAGGGGCCCCGACAUCGCUCCAGCUCACCUUUAGACCCCCUGCUGGCUGGUCUGCUGUCAGUGUUCAUCGUCACCACCGCCAUCGUAUUCAUCGCCCUCUUCCUCAGGUUCCGUCAGCGAACAAACCACCCCGAGUUUCAUCGGCUGCAGGAUCUCCCCAUGGAUGACCUGAUGGAGGACACGCCCCUCUCCAGAUACAGCUACUGAUGAUGAGGCGUCCUGUUUGCCAUUUCCACCACUCAGAGGCAACAGAAGCAAAACAGACGCCACAGCAAGACCAGGGUGGAUGUGAGCAAAGCUUUUGCCUAGUGCAGCUGCAUCAGAUGAGUUUUCCCUUUGUGACCGAGUGCUUUCUAUAAUUAUCUAUAAUUAUGUGAAAAUGUUUAUCUGCUCAUUAAGAACAUACAGAGUCAUUUCAAUCAAAGGUUCUUUGUUCUUUGACUUUUCCCCCCACAUUCCCUUUAGAGUGAAGGAGAUCUCCUGGUCAGUGGGAACCUGAUGUUUUCCUUGCAUCUGACUUGACUCCACAUGUACUCACAGCACUUUAAUGUGGCACAAAUGGUCACAAUGCCCUCUAGGGGACAUGUGAGGUAAUGUGCCCUUCAGGGGUAACGUGAAUCAAGGUUGCAUAGUCCUUCAAUGUAAAUUAAUUGACAAUCUCAGGUCAAUGAGCGCUUAAGGGGCAGGCUGAGAAUGUUACAAGCUUUGAGACACAUCAAGAAGGUGCCAACGUGCCCCCAAACGUAAUGUAAUCCUUAGGUGACCUAAUAUGAGUCAAGUGCACUUUCUCACCAAAUUGCCAGGUUCCACAUUUUGUCUUAAAUCUGAGCUCUUGCAGAGAAUCUGAAAAAAAAUGCAGUGGUAUACAAUUUAAAGGUGUUAUAUUUGGAAUAAGAGACCAGUUAUCUAAUCAAGCUAUCAUGAAUUAUAUUUGUUGCAGUAUUUAAUGUGUAUAUUUCAGCACUAUAUUCUGGUGUAUAAAACUUGAAUUUGUUCAUUUGACAAUUAUUGAUGAAUAUUUAAUUCGCCGUUGUACACUGCUAAACUAGUUACUCUAAUAUUAGUGAAAAUGUAAGGGACACACUAUCUCCUGUUGUAACUGAAUGUGUGGCAUCAGGGAAGUUGUUUUGUUACCUGGGUGUUUUAGAUUGUGCAGAUGUGGUGGACUUUGACUGUUGUAUCAGAUUUUACUUUAAGUGCCAUUAGUGAUGUAUAAUAUGCCAUUGAAGUGUGGACUGUGAGAAUUUAUUGAUAUAAUUUGAUAAUAAAAUUAAUUACUAUAAA